AUGGGUUCUUGCCUCAGUUCUCGUGUCAACAAUAAGAGUAGUGGUCUCGACGACCUUCAUCUCUCGAGUUUUCAAUCAUCUUCAUUAGCUGCUCAUAAGACAGAAGGUGAGAUACUUAGCUCGACGAGUGUUAAGAGCUUCACUUUCAACGAACUCAAACUCGCAACAAGAAACUUUAGAUCGGACUCUGUUGUCGGAGAAGGAGGAUUCGGUUGUGUCUAUAGAGGUUGGAUUGAUAAAACCACUCUAACUCCGGCCAAAUCGAGCACUGGUCUUGUAAUCGCUGUCAAGCGGCUUAACCCUGAUGGUUUUCAAGGUCAUCGAGAAUGGCUGACAGAGAUCAACUACUUGGGGCAGUUAAGUCACCCGAAUUUAGUUCAACUGAUUGGUUAUUGCUUGGAAGAUGAACAACGGCUCCUUGUGUAUGAGUUUAUGCACAAGGGUAGUCUUGAGGAUCAUCUGUUCAGAACAGCUGAUAUGGAGUGUAAGCCGCUCUCUUGGAUUCUACGGAUUAAGGUUGCGCUUGAUGCGGCUAAAGGGCUUGCAUUUCUUCAUAGUGACCCUGUCAAAGUCAUAUACCGAGACAUAAAGGCGUCAAACAUCUUGCUCGACUCGGAGUUUAAUGGGAAACUUUCAGACUUUGGGUUAGCGAGGGACGGUCCAAUGGGAGAAACAAGCUAUGUUAGUACAAGGGUCAUGGGGACAUUCGGGUACGCUGCUCCAGAGUAUGUGUCAACAGGCCACUUGAAUGCUAGAAGCGACGUAUACAGUUUCGGGGUUGUUCUUCUAGAAAUACUCUCUGGAAGGCGAGCAUUGGAUCAUAACCGUCCUGCCAAGGAGCAAAACCUUGUGGACUGGGCUCGACCUUACCUCACAAGCAGGCGAAAGGUUCUACUAAUCGUGGACACUCGGCUUAACUCACAGUACAAACCCGAAGAGGCAGUGAGAAUGGCAAGCAUUGCUGUGCAGUGCCUCUCAUUCGAGCCCAAGUCGCGACCGACCAUGGACCAAGUGGUCCGAGCCUUGAUACAACUGCAGGAAAGCAUGGUUAAACGGGUGAAUGUUGAGCCGGUUAAGGAUACCAAGAAACUUGUGGGAUUGAAAACCGAAGACAAGUACCAGAAACUUAUGGGUUUAAACAAGAAAACCGUUGGAUUGUAG